GGGGAUCAGAGUUUGCGGGAGAAGCGAGAGAAGAGAUUAACCGAGCGAACCCCGGAGCUGCUAGCAGUUAGCCACUUAGCCACUUAGCCGGAAGUACCUCAGCCUGUUUGACAGCCAGCCCCGUGCCUUCCCUUCCGGUGCGCGUCUGCUCAACCCAAGUAGCAGCCCUCCCUUUCCCCUCGCCCGUCUGCCUCCUUCUACCUUUCCUCCUCCGAGCGUGACCGACGACACGGGCAGGCGAAAACCAAAACAAACACGCCGAACAGUCGACUGUUUACACUCGGUGUCCUGUUAGCAGUCGUCGGAUGCGCAACAUGAUGUUGAGCGUCACCGUGGCGCGAGGCGGCCUCAGCCUGCUGGCCGUGAGGAGGGCGUGUCUCCUGUACCGCCGCGCACACUCGGCCCCGCAGAGCCAGUAUCGACCAAUCAAGAAAGUGAUGGUGGCUAACAGAGGUGAGAUCGCCAUCCGUGUGUUCAGAGCCUGCACCGAGCUGGGGAUUCGAACGGUGGCCGUCUACUCCGAGCAGGACACCGGACAGAUGCACAGGCAAAAAGCAGACGAGGCUUACCUCAUUGGGAAAGGUUUGCCGCCUGUCGCCGCCUACUUGGACAUUCUCGACAUCAUCAAAGUAGCCAAGGAGAACAACGUGGACGCCAUCCAUCCGGGCUACGGCUUCCUGUCCGAGCGCUCCGACUUCGCUCAGGCCUGCGCCGACGCCGACGUGAUGUUCGUCGGACCGACCCCGGAAACGGUGCGCAAGAUGGGGGACAAAGUGGAGGCCCGCGCCCUCGCCAUCAGCGCCGGUGUACCCGUGGUGCCGGGAACCGACUCCCCUAUCAGCUGUCUGCAGGAGGCGCACGUCUUCGCCCAGACAUACGGCUUCCCCAUCAUCUUCAAAGCAGCCUACGGCGGCGGCGGCCGAGGCAUGAGGGUGGUCCGGGAAUACGAGGAACUUGAGGAGAAUUACCAGCGGGCCUACUCUGAAGCUCUGACGGCUUUCGGCAACGGCGCGCUGUUUGUGGAGAAGUUUAUCGAAAAGCCGAGGCACAUUGAAGUGCAGAUCCUCGGAGAUAAAUACAACAAUGUCAUCCACCUGUACGAGAGAGACUGCUCCAUUCAGCGGCGCCACCAAAAGGUGGUAGAAAUCGCGCCGGGUUUCCAACUGGACCCUCAGCUGAGAAACCGACUUCAUUCGGAUGCGGUCAACCUCGCCAAACUGGUGGGCUACGAGAACGCAGGGACGGUGGAGUUCUUGGUGGACAAACACGGCAAACACUACUUCAUUGAAGUCAACUCCCGGCUUCAGGUGGAGCACACGGUGACGGAGGAAAUCACGGACGUGGAUCUGGUGCACGCCCAGCUGCAUGUGUGCUCCGGCCGCAGUUUGCCGGAACUGGGCCUCCGACAGGACAAGAUCCGGGUCAACGGCUGCGCCAUCCAGUGCAGGGUGACCACCGAGGACCCGGCCAGGGGCUUCCAGCCUGACACCGGCAGGAUCGAGGUAUUCCGGAGCGGCGAAGGCAUGGGAAUCCGUCUGGACAGCGCCUCGGCCUUUCAGGGCGCUGUCAUCUCGCCGCACUACGACUCCCUGCUGGUCAAAGUCAUCGCCAGCGGCAAAGACCUGCCCACCGCCGCCUCCAAGAUGAGCCGAGCCCUGGCCGAGUUCAGAGUGAGGGGCGUCAAGACCAACAUCCCGUUCCUCCAGAAUGUGUUCUCCAACCACCAGUUCCUCCACUCCACCGUCGACACACAGUUCAUCGACGAGAACCAGGAACUGUUCAACCUCAAGCCCACGCAGAACCGAGCGCAGAAGCUGCUGCACUAUCUGGGUCACGUGAUGGUGAACGGACCGACCACGCCCAUCCCAGUGAAGGCCAAACCGUCCUCGAUUGACCCCGUCAUUCCUCCCGUCACCAUGGGAGAGCCUCCGGUAGGAUUCCGCGACGUCCUGCUGCGCGAUGGUCCGGAGGGCUUCGCCAAGGCCGUGCGUGCCCACCGAGGGCUCUUGCUCAUGGACACCACCUUCAGAGAUGCCCACCAGUCCCUGCUGGCCACCAGGGUGCGCACCCACGACUUGAAGAGAAUCUCCCCAUUUGUCAGCCAUAACUUCAACAACCUUUUCAGCCUGGAGAACUGGGGAGGCGCCACCUUUGACGUGGCCAUGCGCUUCCUGUCCGAGUGCCCGUGGAAGAGACUCCAGGAGUUGAGGGCUUUGAUCCCAAAUGUUCCGUUCCAGAUGCUGCUGAGAGGAGCCAACGCCGUGGGCUACACCAACUACCCCGACAACGCCGUCUUCAAGUUCUGCGAGGUGGCAAAAGAGAACGGCAUGGACGUCUUCCGCGUUUUCGAUUCCCUCAACUACCUGCCCAACAUGCUGCUGGGCAUGGAGGCGGCCGGAUCGGCGGGCGGCGUCGUGGAGGCGGCCAUCUCGUACACGGGCGACGUGUCAGACCCGAUGAGGCAGAAGUACUCCCUCAGCUACUACCUGGAGCUAGCAGAGGAGCUCGUCAAAGCUGGAACGCACAUCCUUUGUAUCAAGGAUAUGGCCGGUCUGCUUAAGCCGGAGUCCAGCAAGCUGCUGGUAGGCUCUCUGAGGGACCGCUUCCCACACGUGCCCAUCCACGUGCACACGCAUGACACAGCCGGCGCCGGCGUGGCCGCCAUGCUGGCGUGUGCGGAGGCCGGAGCCGACGUCGUGGACGUGGCGGUUGACUCGAUGGCCGGCAUGACGUCUCAACCGAGCAUGGGCGCAAUGGUUGCCUGCGCCAAGGGGACCAAGUUGGACACUGGUAUCACGCUGGAGAAGGUGUUCGACUACAGCGAGUACUGGGAAGUGGCUCGAGGCCUCUACGCUCCGUUUGACUGCACGGCCACUAUGAAGUCCGGCAACGCCGACGUCUACGAGAACGAGAUACCCGGAGGACAGUACACCAACCUCCACUUCCAGGCGCACAGUAUGGGCCUGGGGAAUAAGUUCAAGGAGGUGAAGAAGGCCUACACUGAAGCCAAUAAACUACUGGGAGACCUCAUUAAGGUGACGCCGUCCUCCAAGAUCGUGGGGGACCUGGCCCAGUUCAUGGUCCAGAACAACCUGAGCCGCGCCGAGGUGGAAGAGAGGGCCGACGAGCUGUCCUUCCCUCUGUCUGUGGUGGAGUUCCUGCAGGGUUACGUUGGGAUACCGCACGGAGGAUUCCCGGAGCCCUUUAGAUCCAAGGUGCUCAAGUCGCUCCCUCGCGUGGAGGGCCGCCCCGGCGCCUCGCUGCCGCCGAUGGACUUCAAGUCCUUGGAGGCGGGGCUGCGAGCGGCGCACGGCGACGACAUCACGCCCGAAGACGUCAUGUCGGCGGCCAUGUACCCCAAGGUGUUCCAAGAAUUUAAAGAAUUCACUGGUAACUUCGGCCCAGUGGACUGUCUCAGCACCAGGCUCUUCCUGGAUGGGCCGAAGAUCGCUGAGGAGUUUGAGGUGGAGCUGGAGAGGGGCAAGAUCCUGCACAUCAAAGCUCUGGCCUUGGGCGACCUGAACAAGGCCGGCCAGAGGGAAGUCUUCUUCGAGCUGAACGGACAGCUGAGAUCCGUGCUGGUGAAAGACACGGUUGCCAUGAAGGAGAUGAAGUUCCACCCCAAGGCCCAGAAGUCCAUCAAGGGUCAGGUGGGCGCCCCCAUGCCGGGAAAAGUGCUGGAGGUCAAAGUGGAAGUUGGCUCCAAGGUGGAAAAGGGUCAGCCGCUGUGCGUCCUCUCCGCCAUGAAAAUGGAGACGGUGGUCAACUCGCCGCUGUCGGGCACCGUCAAGGCGGUGCACGCCGUCGCCGACUCUUCUCUGGAGGGAGACGACCUGAUCCUGGAGAUCGAGGAGUAGCGCGAAAUGUGUUGGGGCGGGGGGGGGGGGGAGUUUCGGUCGCGCGUAGUUUGGGUCAAGUGCGAUGCAAUUUUCUUUGGGGUAUUUUCCGGGAGUCGUCUAUCAUUAGCGCGGAGGCAGGGGAAUGGACACGCACAAUAAUAUAUGACAAAGUAAAAUAGCGCUUAUUUUAGUCAUCUUGGUUGCCACCGAGCUACAUUCCGUUAGUCGUCUUCAACUGAGCGGAACGCGUCGCGAAACCGACCUCGCAGUUACGGGCCUCAGAUUUUUUUUAUGAGCGUGCUUGUGAUGCGCUCCCAUCAUUUGGAGCGAGUAGGUUGUCGGCUCCACCCGUUCUCGUUUCGGCUUUUCCCGGUCACCUCGACCCGAGGUGGUACUUUCCUAAUCGCUCGUGUUUCAUGUCAAGUGCAUUCUGGGAAUGUGUAUUCCAGUUCAGAGGUCAGGACUGUUUGUUUGGGGUGAAAAGGGGAAAAAGGUGUCGCGUUACUGUAUCAGUAACCUCGAGCCGGCGCUCGCUACUCGACGCUCCGUCGGGGAAGCGACUCGUCGAUCGAAAACCAGACGACACGUUGGCGUGGGGGGGGGGCGGCCCGCUGUGUUCUUUUUCCCAUGAAACCGCGCUGAUUCAUUUCUUCAUUAAUACUCUGUCAAGUGAUGUGAAAUUAACCGGACUAAUAAGAGACUCUUGAGAAACCCCGGCGGCGGCGGAGCGGCUCGCUAGCUUCAAUGUGCGUGUGUGUGUGUGCGCUUGCAUACAUUAGUCUAAUUGUGUGUGCUGAAGCAAAUUUCAGAGCGCCUCUCGUCACACUGCACCUCCGGACGUUAAAAAACAAGCACAGUCGCGCACAUCAGCUCAUUUCUCCACGUCGGCCAUUAAAAGCAAUCGUUUGCUUCUAGCGUUAAGCAGUUACUGUCGUUCGUUUUUUUUUUUUUUUUGUUUGUUUGUUUGUUUUGUUUAUCAACAUAUAGAUGUGUAUAUCGACAAGCAACCAAAAUGUUUGUUUACGCUUUCAUGUGCAAAAAAAUUUUAGUUUACAUUUGACUGCUCAAGGUGCGGACGUGUAGCCUGUACUGGAUAAGAAGCACAACUAAAACAAACAAAAGCACUACAAAACAAAAGGGAAAGUGGUUAAUUCUCGAGAGCUCGAAUUGUUGUCUUUACUUUACUUACAAAUAAAGUUGAAUUGAAGAUGUCUGCUA